CCGCCGAGGAAGCUGCCACUGACCAGCUCAGAGGCAGCCAGGCUUACAGCUGGCAAGGUGUCUGCCCAGCCCACCCUGCACCCGGGGUGCCAGCCAGGAUGGCCCAGGCCCUGGCCCCGGGCUUGCUUGUCGACACGGUUGAGGACAGGAGGCCUCAGUGGGACAACAAGUUCCAGUACCUCCUGAGCUGCGUGGGCUUCGCCGUGGGGCUGGGGAACAUCUGGAGGUUCCCAUACCUGUGCCAGACCUACGGGGGAGGUGCCUUUCUCAUCCCCUACCUCAUCGCCCUGGUCUGUGAGGGGAUCCCACUGUUUCACAUCGAGCUCGCCAUAGGCCAGCGCCUGCGGAGGGGCAGCAUCGGGGUGUGGACGGCCAUCUCCCCGUACCUGGGCGGAGUAGGCCUGGGCUGCUUCACCGUGUCCUUCCUGGUUAGCCUGUACUACAACACUGUGCUCGUGUGGGUGCUGUGGUACUUCCUCAACUCCUUCCAGCAGCCGCUGCCCUGGAGCACCUGCCCGCCCAACCUCAACAGGACCGGGCUGGUGGCGGAGUGCCAGGCCAGUGGCACGGUGAGCUACUUCUGGUACCGGCAGACGCUGAACAUCACUGCCGACAUCUCGGACAGCGGCACCGUGCAGCGGCGGCUGCUGCUGGGCCAGGUUGCCAGCUGGGCGGUUGUGUACCUGUGCAUCAGCAGGGGCAUCGAGACCACGGGCAAGGCGAUCUACUUCACGGCCUUGUUCCCGUACCUGGUCCUGACCAUCUUCCUUGUCAGAGGCCUGACCCUGCCUGGCGCCACGGAGGGCCUGACCUACCUUUUCACCCCCAAUGUGCAAACUCUCCUGAACCCCCGGGUGUGGCUGGACGCGGCCACACAGAUCUUCUUCUCUCUGUCCCUGGCCUUCGGAGGACACAUCGCUUUUGCAAGCUACAACCCGCCCAGGAAUGACUGCAGGCGGGACGCCGUGAUCAUCGCCUUGGUCAACAGCGUGACCUCCCUGUACGCAUCCGUCACCAUCUUCUCCAUCAUGGGCUUCAAGGCGACCAACGACCACGGGCAGUGCCUGGACCGGAACAUCCUCUGCCUCAUCAACGAGUUCAGCCUCCCGGAGCAGAGCAUCUCCAGGGACAGCUACCCGGCCGCACUGCUGCACCUCAAUGCCACCCAGCCGGGGAGGGUGGCCCGGCUGCCCCUGCGGGCCUGCAGCCUUAAGGACUUCCUGGACCAGGGAGCCUCAGGCCCCGGCCUGGCCUUUAUCGUCUUCACCGAGGCUGUGCUGCACAUGCCAGGGGCCACUGUGUGGGCUGUGCUCUUCUUCGGGAUGCUCUUCAGCCUGGGGCUGUCCUCCAUGUUCGGGAACAUGGAGGGGAUCAUCACGCCGCUCCUGGACAUGGGGGUCUUGCCCCGGUGGGUCCCCAAGGAGGUCCUGACUGGGCUGGCCUGCCUGCUGUGCUUCCUCUCGGCCACCUGCUUUACACUGCAGUCUGGAAGCUACUGGCUCGAGGUCUUUGACAACUUCGCAGCCUCCCUGAACCUGGUCACCUUCGCCUUCCUGGAGGUGGUCGGGGUCAUUUAUGUGUACGGUAUGAAGCGGUUCUGUGCUGAUGUCAAGUGGAUGACCGGGCAGUGGCCCAGCCUCUACUGGCGGGUGUCGUGGCGGGUGGUGAGCCCCCUGAUGCUGCUGGGCAUCCUCCUGUCCUACAUCGUCCUGCUGGCCUUCAGGUCACCCAGCUACAAGGCCUGGAACCCCCAAUAUGAGCUGUUCCCGGCUCAGGAGGAGAAGAUCUACCCUGGCUGGGUGCAGGCCGUCUGCAUGCUCCUGUCCUUCCUGCCCCUGCUGUGGGUCCCAGCGUCCGCCCUGGCCCAGCUGCUGCCCCGGCGCAGGCAGAGGCGGGAGGACACGCAGCUGGACACUGGGCUGAAGCUGCAGGACAGCAGUGGCUGCUGAGGGGCUGGGGCAGGGGCAGCCAGGGUGGAGAUGGGGCCCUCCCAGCCUGCAGCCCCCAGACCCAACCCCAUUACAUGCUCUGCACUGA